AUGGCAGUGCUCCUGGAGACCUCUCUGGGUGACAUUGUGAUGGAUUUGUACACUGAGGAGAGGACUCAGGCUUGCCUAAAUUUUCUCAAGUUGUGCAAAAUCAAGUACUACAAUUGUUGCCUUAUUCAUCAAGGACAGAGAGAUUUUAUCCUACAAACUGGUGACCCUACAGGUACUGGUCAAGGAGGAGAGUCUGUCUGGGGGCAGCUCUCUGCUGAUGGAGCAACGUUUUUUGGGGCGGAAAAAAAGCCCCGAAUUAAACACAAGAAAAAGGGCACAGUCUCUAUGGUGAAUAAUGGCAGUGAUCAACAUGGAUCACAGUUUCUGAUCACCACAGGAGAAAAUCUGGAUUACCUCGAUGGUGUGCACACUGUUUUUGGUGAGGUAACAGAAGGAAUGGAGGUGAUCCAGAAGAUCAAUGAGGCUUUGGUGGACAAAGACUUCAUCCCUUACCAAGAUAUCAGGAUCAACCAUACAGUGAUUUUAGAUGAUCUGUUUGAUGACCCAGCUGGCUUACCAAUUCCUGCUCGGUCCCCAGAACCAGCCAAGGAACAACUGGAUAGUGGGAGAAUAGGAGCAAAUGAAGAAAUAGAUUAUUUCAAAGGGAGAUCAGCUGAAGAAAUGGAAGAGAUGAUGGCCGAGAAGGAGGCAAGGACUCAAGCAAUUCUGCUAGAAAUGGUGGGAGAUUUACCUGAUGCAGACAUCAAACCUCCAGAAAAUGUCCUGUUUGUGUGCAGAUUGAAUCCAGUCACCACGGCUGAAGACCUGGAAAUAAUCUUCAGGACUGGAAGACUGGAGAGUCCCUUUGUUAUGCAUUCGAUGGGCAAAGACUCAGCUUACCUUUUGUAG